AUGCCACGAUACAAAUUCGUUGCAGUAGAAGGUGGGGGAAAAAAAUCAUCGAAAUUAACCAGGUCUAUCAGAAGUCAUGCAAUACGCGCAGGUCUCCAAAAAGCCGCACGCCCUUCGAGGCCGAAGGCAGCGGAGCAGUCCUUCCGCUGCACGAAAUACGGAGAGGAGCGUAUGCUACGCUUCGAGUUGCAUGGGGAGAUGAACACACAGCGGGAUGAAGCUCGGACUAGUAUCGUCUCCGCCGAGUUGACAACUCCAGAGCACAGAACUGCAAACGCCCCGUCGGUGCCAAAGACAUCUGCACAGACAUCCAAGCUAAUAGUGCUUCCACGCCAGACUUCGAUACAGCUGCCAGCAUAUCACAUAGAGUCUCUUUGUGCUGGCAGCGUCGAUCCGUUCAAUAGCCUCCCGAUAACCACGAAUCCAGAAGUUGAGUAUCUGGUCAGGUACUUCUUGGUAAAGUUCGACUCCAUCACAGUCGAUCGAAGGAGUUCGUGGUUUCCCUAUGCACUGCAGAGCGCGCCAAUGAUGCACAGCACUCUCGCGAUGACUGCAACAGUAUGGCGAAUGGAGUAUCCAUCUCUAGAUCAUUCGAUCCAGCUCGAGGGUAUACACCAAAAGGGAGAUGCGAUGCGAGAGAUCGGGGUCCGGCUAGCAUGUGCUAGUUCUGUCCGCAAGGACUACGAGAUAACUUUCUUGAUGUUCACCAUGUCCACUUUGGCAAUUGUGGAGGCCUACGACGGUGACUUCAAGGCUGCAGAGACGCAUCUGCGAGCUGUCCAUAAUAUUUUCAACUCACGAGGUGGCCCUGAAAGCUUCAAAGACGACUUCAUUUUGUGCAAGUCCAUCAAUUUGGCCGACAUACAGGUUGCCACUGCACUGGGCCAUCGGCCCAGAUUCUCGCUCUUUCACACAGAUCACGCUCAUGUUCCGACGUCAAUCCUAGAGCAGGCUCAACACAUGCCUUUGGAUCGUUCAAUAACCAACGACAGUUCGCACAAUCAUCAGCUGGUAUUCGCCCAGUUAAGGCAACUGCUCCUAGCACAGAAGUCAUCAAUGGUUUCACUUGCGGUCGUGCGAACACUGCUCAACGUUGCAGACGAUGCGAUUCUGCAGCACCUCUAUCAAGAUUGCAUCGAUGUAUCUGAUGCUGGUAGGCGAUCUCAUGCACUUGUCCUAGCUGCCCACAUCUUCGUGUACAUUACGUUGCGUCAAGUGCCAUCAAAAGCUCCACUGCUACGCCGGAUGUGCGCCAGACUACAAAGUACACUCGGAUUAGUUCCAUAUACGAGAGACACUUGGUCGGGGAAUACAGCGGCCUUGUUGUGGAUAGCUUUCGUCGGGCUGCUAGGGACGGGGGAAGGUGCCGAGACCAGUCCGGGAGAGCAAUGGUUUUUGAGUCUUUUUCAAUCCAUUCUGCAAGGAUAUCCCCAAGACUUCAUUCCGGGUAAUGGCAGCAUACAAAGGACAUUAUCUACCUUUCUAUGGGAUGAAUCUCAUUGUCAGCCGUUGCUAGCGGGGUUGGAGGAAUAUCUCGGGAGCUAA